AUGGAGCAGUCCCGGCUUACCGCCACCGGUCGCUGUGCAUCCCAGAGUUUUGCAUUCACCCUGGGCUUUGCAGACAUUUUUCUGUCCUGUUUAAUUGCGAUCGAGGUCCAAUACUGGUUGUAUAUUGACGAAGGUGUCACGGUUGUGCACCCGGCCGGUAAUCGGACUAUCGAUUUCAAUGCAGCCGAUGAAAGUCUCCUCGGUUGUAUGCUGUUGACGGCUAGAAACAUGUCAAUCGCAGCAGGAAAAGCUGCUAGUUCGGAUAGGGAAGCUGUUGACAGUAUUCAGGCUUCGCGCGCUACUUUCCUUGGCUCAUCAGCCAGGGUACCCUGGGUUUAA